AUGGCGUCCAUGUCUGCGAUCCCCAAUGCGACGACUCUAACUCCACCAAGCAGUUCCCAUGGCACAGGAUAUUCAUGGGACAUCUCUUCUUCUGCACACAUAGAGUCUCGAAGCAUAAAGGAGGCCAGCAGUCUUGCAGAUGGCUUAGUGGACGUCUACAGUACCAACCAGAGCGAAUUAGUGGGAGAUUCUCACAAGAGAACCGUCAAUGAGGUCUACGGGAACGAGCCCAUCGACGAGAACUCGAAAUGGAUCCAUCGAGAUAAGCUAGCAAGGAUAGAGAAUGAGGAGCUCCAGGCCGCGGGCAUCAUUCUGCCCAGAGCCCCUCGGGCGCAGUCGAAGAGCCAAAACCGGCCCAGGAGAGACCCAAGCCAGGACAAGGUCAAUGGCCGUACCAAGAUAGCCACUGGAAGCAUAGACCAGACAACGCCGAGGUCGAGGAAGAACUCGGAGACGCCCACAGAUCCCCACACCCCGCUAGCAGUCUCAGUUCCCAGCUGGGACUUCAGGCUACCCGAAGAGAUUGCCGCCGAAGCGAACGGAUACUUCGCCUCCAACGGCAGCGCAAAAGGGGUGUCGAGAAUCCCUGUUGCAAAGCUCAGCCCUGUUCCCAUCCCCCCCGAGCAUCUUGAGCGAGGAACCCCGAUGAUUCGCAAAAAGGACGGCAGCCCUGGCGAGGAAGAUAGCAUCAACUAUCCCAAACCAAGGUCAAGAAGCGGGAGCUUGGGCAAUGCCCUUGCAAGCGGCACCAACUUGCCGGCCGCUCAGCCAGCCAAGCGAUCUGCCACCGACGGAUCCCCCAAGAAAGGUGCAUCAACUGCCGUAGGUAGAAAGGCGUCGGGCCCGGGGAAGGCAGUGAACGGGGCUGCUGGCCGGCCAAAGACGCGGGGCGGACCAAGCAAGGAUUCGACGAGUAGCGGAACAGCAACGACGCGACCAUCUACGCGCUCCGGCGAGCUCAACAAGCAGCCAGAGGGUGACCCUCCAUGGCUGGUCUCGGCAUACCGCCCGGAUCCGCGGUUACCUCCGGAUCAGCAACUCUUGCCCACUGUCGCCAAGAGGUUACAGCAAGAAAAGUGGGAGCGAGAGGGCAAAUUUGGGAACAUUUACGACCGGGAAUUCCGGCCUUUGAAUGACGAGGGCUUCGUGGACCCACCCGUUCUGGCCGACGAGGACCCAGCUUCCAAGGAAGCGGAGGCGGAAGCCGAAGAGAAGCAGACGGGAGAAAACUGGCCGCUCAGGCCCGAGCCACCAAGUCCCCCCCAACCACUUGGACGGACUGGCUCGUAUACCACCAUCCCGAAGAUCACUGAUAAGCCCAGUCUCAGCCCUCUCCCCAGCCCCGGCCCCAUGAACCCCAUCUCGCAGCGUCCGCGAUCGUCCAUCAGUAGAGCUCCGGAGAUGCCCGAGGACCCCUCGGAGAAGAAGGGCGGCGGCUGUGGGUGUUGUAUAGUGAUGUGA